UUGCACAGAAAAUAAACCUCGCUGUUCCAUUCAAUACAAUUUAACUGAUAAAGCGGCUAAAUCGCAUUGUUUAAGAUAGUUUGUUAAAUUGGUGUUUUGCUUGUGACUGUACGACUUAAUUACUUAUUGUGCUUGUAUUACUCUGUUAAGUGUUGUUGGUGGUGUGCCGAAAUUUAGCAAAAGAAGGCUAGCUACAUUUGGAGGGAACAGCAUUUUGUCACCAUAACCUUAAUUUUCGUCGGAAGCGUCGUAGACGCCCAAAAAACCAGAUACGAUGAGAAAACGGUCUCUUUCGGUCGCUUGCGAACGUCCUGCAAAGUUUGAGCAGAUAUCGAACAAUUUCGAAGGAGUUCCAUCCGAGCACGAGCAGCAAAGUGAAACGGAAGAAGAAAGCGAUGAGGAGGUACAAAACGAUUCCGAUUGGACGGCAUCCGAGUACCAAACGCUGUUGGAUAGGAUGCGGGGGGUCCUGCCGCAAAAGGACACUAAGAAAUUCCAAACCACACUGAACAAAAUUGAUUGGAAACAAGUGGCGUUUGAUGGCCGCACCGCAGACGAGGUAAAGACGGUCGCAGAAAGCUUAAUACGUAAAAUUCGAAAAUAUCGCACCUUAAGCGAGGUGGUCAAUGAUAUACCAUUGGUCACAAAGAAACCCACCUCAAUCAAAAAACCUAUGUCAGCAUACAACUUCUACGUGAAGGAAAAAUAUCAACAAGUGAAAGAGAAACAUGCUGAUUUACAAAGCAGAGAAAUUUUUAAACUGAUUUACCAACAAUUCAGCGCUUUGUCAGAGAAAAAGAAGAAAAAGUACGAAGCAAUGUCCACAGAUGCAAAGGAACUGUAUAAGCAGCAGUUGGAGGAAUACUACCGAGAUUUUCCGGAAGCCUUGAAAAAAACGAAAACAGCUAAAAAAAGUUCAACAAAAGCAAAGUCGAUUACGCCUUUCGGUCUGUUCUGCCAAGAUAUGAGAAUUCAAAAUUUAAGUACAGCAGAAAUGCGCGCUGGGUGGAACCAGCUAGAAGUAAAACAAAAAUUGAAAUACGUCCAGCAGGCCUUUAAGACCCAAACAAAUAAGACAGCAUUACCGCUAAGGCUAACCAAAGAGGAGCAGUCCAUGAUUGAGCAUGCAAAGGGCAAGCCUGAAUCGAUCCCACGAUCAACGAGCGAAUAUUAUUUGAAACAUUUUGCCGAACAUUCGAACAAGCUUUCGUUGAUCGAAUGGCGAAAACAAAAAUUAGCCGAAUUCAAAAAUCUGCCAAAGGUGCGGAAAUUGGAGCUGGAAAUAGAGUACCGUCAGGCGAAGCAAGAUUACGUUACAAAAUAUGAAAACUACAUUACCAACAUAACUGACGAAAAGGUUCAACAAGCAGAAAUCGAUCUGUUAAAAUCGUUCAUAGCGAAGAAAAUGGAUAAAGACGAUAGGCAGCAAUUGCCAGAUGAAAGUCGUCAUUUAAGCACAAAGAUGCAAUCAUCACAGCUAGAGAAUGAAAUGUUGGAUCUACCAAUAGCCGAAUCCACGAUUUUAUCGACUAAAACAAAAAAGGCCAAGACGUCUGCCCAGAAAAAAGAUUCCCCCAUUGCUGGCAGCUCGAAACCUUUCAAAUCCAUCUUAAAAAGUCCUGCUAAAAAAGAUGCGCAACCAGCCGCACAGACAUUCGUCGAACCAGCGGUACCUCAAAGAAAAAGGAUGCAUUCGUUGAACGAAUAUGACUCUGACAGUACCUCCGAAAAGAAGAGCAAACGUUCAAUAGUCCGCGUACCGAUCGUCGCUAUGGAAUCUAAGGAAAAUGGCAAUAUUUCUACUGCAGCGAAUACAGUACAAGAACCUGUGCCUCCACCGGCCAACGUAAUUGAUUAUUACAUGCAAAACCACUAUCUUGGGAAGAAAAAAAACUGCGCUGAGUCGUUCAAAAACCUGUCAGCUAACCAAAAAGAAGAAAUGAGAGAGAAAAUGCGUUUGGCACAGAGAAAAUAUUUCAAAGAAUUGCAGAAAUUUCUUAAAACCGUACCGCCGAAAGAUAUAAAAACAUAUAUCAAAAAGGUAAAACAAGCCCAGAUUGAUUUCGACAUAGGAAACAGUUUGAUAGAUGAUUCUGGUUUGCUUGCGGUGAGCAUGAAUAAGAAAUCUCCUAAACAGGAACCUCAAACGACGAGCGACAGUGGCAGCAGCGAAGAGAACAGCGAAGACGAAAACAAUAGGAACGGCCAAAACAGUGGAACAUCUUCUGAACAAAGCAGCGACGAAGAAUAAGAUAGCGUAACUGUCGUUUUGCAGUAGUUGAUAGUUUUCCUUUUUUCGCGGAUUCGUUUGUCGUGAGUUAUGAUAGAGCCACUAUUUUUCCAUUUUCUGAUAUGUACGGAUGUCUUCGGAAACAUUUUUUGCUACAUAAUUAUACACACAAAAGUGCGUAUAAAAUAUCGUAUUUCUGAACGCCUGUUGUUAACGGAAUGUUAGUUUGAAAAUUGGACUACAUUAAAAAUUGAUUACCUCAUAAUAAGUAUAGUUAUGUUUUAUUUUCUUAAAUAUUGCUCAACAUCGCUUCCAGUUUCUACGGGAUAUAGUAGCUAGGUCUCCCGGCUGUAAGAGCGGCUCAUAGGAGUUGUGUGAAUUAUAUAGAGUGAAAAUGAAGUUGCAAUCGGUACAGCUUUUAUAUAAAUAAAGUAAUUAGUGUA